AUGGAAUCAGUGCUCUCUAAUACAGUGGCAGCUGUGGCCCCUCUCCCGGCGCUGCACGUUAAGACUCACAUUCGAGGUGAACACACAACCGCCGGCGCUGCAGAAGACGGCGAGAGUAUUCGCGAUCUUGUCAUCUGGUUCCAGAGGGAGUACGAGCGCGCCAACUCGCAAAUCCUGGGCGAGCGAGAUGCCUGGGGUGCUGAAAUGCACCGGGGUGCUGGAGGCGAACCGAGCGACCGCCUGGAGACUGCUAAAGGCUGGGAGCUAGGACAGUGUGGCGGCGGGAGCUUGGUUGAUGGCGAGAGGGAUGGCGACUGA